AUGGCAAAAACUGGAGUGUUCGUUGUUAAACCAUGCAAAGCGGAUGAUAAGGCUUGCCUUAAAUCAAGCGCACAAGAAACUAUACCUCACUUCACACUCGGAAACGAAGAAUUAGGAAUUCCAAGUACCGACCCACUCUUCGUCCCUGAGAUAAAAUCGAAACAACCGAGUCUUAGCAUAGAACUAAGAGAUAAUGUUAUUCGUGGUGCGAGCAAGACAAAAAUCAUGUAUUUGGAGCGUGACGUAGAAAAACAAACAGUGAAAUUGACCUUAGGCGUCCCUCUCCAUAUAACUGGCAAAUAUGAUUUGCUAGGAAAGAUUCUCUUCUUUGAAACAGUAGGCAACGGAGACUACGAAUUAAAAACCAACAAUAUAGUGGUAAAUAUCGACGCGAAAUAUAAGGUAAUCGAAAAAAACGGAAAAAAUUACUGGAAAGUCACUGGUUUCAAAUACACUUAUGAUUUGGUUGAAAAAGUACACAUAAAAUUUGAUAAUCUAUUCGGAGGUGAUGAGUCAAAGGCUAAGCCGAUUAAUGAUGUUUUAAAUGAAAGCUGGAGGGAAAUCAUAGAGGAAAUGGGCAACCCCAUCAUUGAAGCAAUUGUUACUGCUUACUGCGAUAUUAUAAAGAAAUGGUUGCUGACUAUGCCGACAGACAAGCUCGAAAUUCUUUGA